GUUAAGGAGACUCGAGAAACUCUACGAUGUGGAGAAGCGCCGGUACGAUCGGCAGUUGAAGCAGUUGCGGUCGUGCAGCCUCACGACAUCCUUAGACACUUUCGAUGUCUCAGCGCGCAGGCUGCUAUGGCGAGAUCAGAGCGGCAUAGCGGAGGCCUACCAUUUUCCAAGUGCGAGCCCUCUGGGCGUUGGCUCCUACGGCACCGUUAUGCUGGCCACGCACAGGAGGACUGGCAUCGAGAGGGCGGUCAAGCGCAUAGACAAGCAGCGGUUCCUACCUGGUGAGGUGGAGGCACUGAAGCUGAUGGAUCAUCCGCACGUAUGCCGCAUGGUCGAGUACUUUGAGACGUCGAGACAUCUGUGGCUGGUGAUGGAGCUGUGUCACGGGCAGGAGCUGUGCGAACGGGUCCUGACCACGCAGGGCUUGCCGGAGUUUGAG